AUGGUGCCAGUCAAAUUUCUGGCGAAAUCAGGGCCGUUGAUCAGGUCGACGAACCUCAGAUUCAUCUCCACAUUCUUUCCCCUCCGUCAGGAAUCACAGCUGCCGGAGCCUCCCCCGCCGCGUGCGCCUCCGCCGUCAUUUCCUGCUCUUGGCAGCUGGGGAAGCAAUUUCUCAUCCACUUCUCCGAGCGUCUCCGCGGCCCAGAUUCCGAUCAGCCUCGGAUUUCUACGAACGAACUCGCGGGCGGAGAUGCAAAUUCUGUCGCAGACGCUCGACACUAAGGAUUUGAUGGAUCAAUUCGCGAAAUGGAUGACGUCACAAAGAUGGGCGGAUGUGAAGGAGCUAUUUGAGCUCUGGGUUAAGGCUUUGGAUAGCAGCGGGAAGCCAAACAAACCUGAUGUUGACAUUUACAAUCAGUAUCUGCACGCGAAUUUGUUGAUAGGGGCAUCUGUGAGUGAAAUGCUCAAUCUCGUGGCCCAAAUGGACGAUUAUGGGUUAUUGCCUAAUACCGCAUCGUUCAACCUUGUUCUCAAGGCUAUGCUGCAAGUUGGAACAUCUCAGGCUGCUGAGACGCUUAUCCAAAGGAUGCUUCAGAUAGGAAAAGAAUAUGAGAAAUCUCUACCCGAUGGCGAGUCUUAUGACUUGAUAAUUGCCUUGCUACUCUCCACAAACCAGAUUGAUGCUGCCCUCAAGUACAUAGAUUUGACGUUGGCAUCGGGAUACAAGCUGUCGACAAAUGCAUUCAUUGGAUGUAUCCAGAGGUGUGUUAACAACGGGAGGCUGGAUACAUUGGUAACAAUUCUAGAGAGAUGCCAGAAAAUGGAUCAGAACAAAUCUUUAUGUCCUCCUUGGCACGUAUGCAAUUACAUUGCUCAUGUUGCCAUGCGGGCAGAUAACAAUGAUUUGGCUUAUUGUGCGCUCAUGUUCUUUGCAAACUGGAUCGCUCGAGGGGAAAUCGGAGACCCUGCAGUUUUACUUUCUGUAAAUGAAGGGUUAGUUGUGUCUGCACUUGGGACUGCCGGUAGGACGUUCGAUUCUACCCUUUUGGAGGGUUCGUGGGCCAUCCUGAAGAGAUCAUUGAGGCAAAAGAUGGUUCCUAGCCCUGCAUCUUACCUUGCAAAAAUACAUGCUUAUGCGAAUAUGGGGAACUUGAAGCAUGCUUUUAGCACCCUUCAAGAACUCGAGGUGGUUCAUGGAAAUAAUAGUCAGGAAGAUGGGGAAGGUCUUUUCUCUCCUUUUUAUUCUUUGAGCCCUCUAGUGGUUGCCUGCUCAAGGAAUGGUUUCAAAACAUUAGAUAUGGUUUACCACCAGCUGGAGAUUUUAAGUCGAGAAGAUCCUCCAUACAAAUCCAUUGCUGCUCUAAAUUGUGUAAUUCUUGGCUGUGCAAACAUUUGGGAUCUUGAUCGUGCUUACCAGACAUUUAAUGCCAUUAGUGCCACUUUCGGUUUGACCCCGAACUUGCACUCUUACAAUGCCCUGUUAUUUGCCUUUGGGAAGCUUGGCAAGAGAGAUGAUGCUGUAAAAGUAUUUGAGCACUUUGCUGGGUUAGGCGUGAAACCAAAUAUGACAACGUAUUCUCUACUCAUUGAUGCUCAUCUUUCAGUGCGGGACCCCAAGUCUGCUCUGGCCGUGAUUGACGACAUGAUACAUGCGGGGCAUGAACCAUCCAAAGAAAUGCUUAAAAAGAUUCGAAGGCGGUGUGUCCGGGAGAUGGAUUAUUCAUCUGACGACAAGGUGGAGACUUUGGCAAAACAAUUUAAAAUCCGGAUGGGUACAGAGGUUCGCCGUGACCUGCUGUUUAGUUUUCAGUACAGCACGGAUUAUUCGUGA